UUGGCCGGUCAGUCAGCUGCGUCUGUUUUCGUUUUCGGCUUUUUCUUUUCUUCUUUUCCCCCAUGUGUCUGUGUGCGAUGGUGCGUCGUUUUACUGCUGUUGUUGCUGCUGCUGCUGCUGUUCCUUCGAUGGUUGCGUUUUGUUCCGUUCUGGUCGAUGGCGUGGGAAAAUACGAUCGAGUGAGAGAUGAAAGUCAAAUUUAUUAUACGAGAGCGUCGGGCUGAGUAGAGGUAUGCCUAUAUGGGACCUGUAGUUAGAACGGGAACCGUGGGAAAGGUUCUACGGUUCUGUACGGAUAGACUCGUCGAGCGAGAUGAGGAAGCGGGUGAGGAAAGGCAGAGUGGUGGAAGUUUUGAUCGAAUUGCUUCACACCGGCAGUUUAGCAUUUGAAGCGCAUGCAUUCGCAGUUCGGAAGUUGUUGGUGAUAGAUCGUUAGUUGAUCACCAUCCGGCGUGAUCACCGGAAGAGAAUCCUCGUGGGCGGUAAAAGUGGUUUUAUACUCAGUGUAGUGGAAAGUACUAUUGGAUGAAGGAUAAUCAUGGCUAAUCCUGGAAAUGAUGAUCAUCAUGGAGGUGGAGAGCAUGACGCAGAAAGUUAUCUUCGAAGAAUUAAAGCGGAAAUUAGAAAGAACAACUGUUGACAUUGCUGCUGCUCCAGUGCUGCCCAUUGACCCAUCUCAUCCACCUUCGGAAAUGUCUGCUACUGUUCAACAAACGAGCCGGGUUAACGUACGGAAUCUAUUUUGCAAUGAGCCCAUUCUGAAUUUUGACAAACAAACCGAUCAUGGAGAAAAAGAGAAGAGCCCGAAUCAACAAUUACCUGAACGAUCUGAAAGCACUGCUGCUGGAUGCAAUGAAGAAAGACCCCAUUCGUCACUCGAAAUUGGAAAAAGCUGACAUCCUGGACUUGACGGUAAAACACCUGCAGGACAUUGAGCGGCGCAAGCUGACCAUUGCGAUGGCCGUCGAUCCGGGUGUGGUGGACAAGUUCAAGACCGGCUUCAACGAGUGCAUCGAGGAAAUAGAUAAAUAUCUUAAUAACGUUCCAGGAGUAGACAACGGCAUGAAGCAACGCGUCUCAAAUCAUCUGAAAAACUAUCUGCGUUUUCAACGGUUUCCCCAACCGGGAGCAGCGGGAGGCCCCAGUCCCUUUGCCGGUCUCUUUGGGAGGUCAUCGGACGAAAUCAACAACAACGGUCGAUUGGCCAUGGAUGCGAUGUCGCUGAUUCCGUCGCUUCUUCCCAGUGGUGAAUUGGCUUUUAUAAUGCCCCAUCAGAGCGGGCCUGGAUUGCCAUUUUUCCCAAGAUUCCCUGUCACUCCGGCUGUCGUUACGCGGCAUUUUAAACCGAUCACGCAGGAUAAAGCCCCGUACGCUCCUAGUCCACCAUUGUCACCAGUUUCGGAUCAGGACAGCACAGUAAGUGAUCAGAAAACUCCUUUGAUCAAAGCACGACCAGCUGUGUUGACUGAUAGCUUACUGGAUGCCUUUCCGACGCCACCGACGCCGGAAGAGGGUAGUCGAAUUUCGGCCUUCAGACCGAAUUUGAAAUUGAUAGACAGAAUACGGUUGCAUCAUGAGGCAAAGGUGACUCGUGAGGAACGAGCGCCGGAACCGAAACGGAGGAAGGUUGAAUCUGCGGAGGAGUUUAGUGAAGAUGAGGAUGAGCAGGCGAAGCAAGAGGACGCCAGGGAACACAAUUCCGGGGGAGAUAUGUGGAGACCGUGGUGAAUUCUCGGGACGCUCUAAUUUCGCAAUCGUGUGAUAACGGACGAAGCUUUAAUUUCAAUAAAUUAUAGACGUAGCUCGAUUGUAAACCAGUGACAGCUUUAAUAGUUUGUAAGUGAAUCUUUUCUUGAAAAAUAAUGAUUGUGACCACCGAAAAAACGGAGGUUUUAUUUCAGUAUCAACCUAACCAACUUGUCCGGUUCGAGUCCAGAGUUUCGGACCGUUUCGUUUGUGUAUUUUACCCCGGUGUAACACAACAGCAGUGGGUUCUGUUUUAGUUUGGUUGAUUAAGAAAAACACUGAUCUAAUAAAAUGGAAACUUACCUCAAAGACAAUGAAAUGUCAACAAUCCACAGCCAGAUUGCUCUCACAUGUGUUCUCAGCAUCCCGACAGAACAAAGCACUCAGCAUACUUUACCACACGUUCGGCUCCUCCUGGCAGCCCGGCUGGACCGUGUGGCA